CUACUCCGUUUGCUAGUCACAAAGCCGGCACCCCGCGCCCGCGUUGUUGCUCCUUUUAUUUUCUCCUCUUCACCCGCAUAAAAUAUUGGAAAGUAAACACCAAGCGAACCGGGUGACCUUGAAGACCGAAGGCUCGUAGGGCGUAUUUUGAACCGGCUACGUUGGCUGGCUCGUCUGUCUCUGAAACAUCAUGGCACCAGUGUGGAGUCUUGCUAGCUCUUACUUGCUAAAAAGAUCGCUUUGUCAGUCGAAAGUCACUCCACAAACAUUAUUUACAUCAUGUAAGAUUUUAUCAUGUUCAUUUUCAAAUUCGUCUUUGCUCAGAGGUAGUAAAGUGUACAGUUCCGCUCAAGAAGCUGUCAAAGACAUUCAAGAUGGAUCAAAACUGCUUGUGGGUGGAUUUGGCUUGUGCGGUAUACCAGAAAACUUAAUACAAGCUCUACUAGAUUCUGGAUCCAAAGACCUGACAGUUGUCAGCAACAACGCUGGUGUUGACAACUUUGGCCUUGGUCUCCUUCUUAAAUCUCACAGAAUCAAACGAAUGAUAGCUUCAUAUGUUGGUGAAAAUGCGGAGUUUGAACGUCAAUUUUUAUCAGGAGAACUAGAGGUUGAACUUACUCCUCAGGGAACAUUAGCAGAGCGUAUUCGAGCUGGUGGUGCAGGGAUUCCUGCUUUUUAUACUCCAACUGCAUUUGGAACUUUAGUACAUGAAGGAGGAGCUCCAAUUAAGUAUGAUGGAAAUGGAAAGGUUGCCAUUGCCAGUGAGCCCCGUCAGGCAGCUAACUUCAAUGGAAAGGAUUUUAUAAUGGAAGAGGCCAUUACUGGUGACUAUGCCCUAGUAAAGGCCUGGAAAGCUGAUGAAGAUGGGAAUUUAGUUUUUAGGAAAUCGUCCCGAAAUUUUAAUCCUGUGAUGUGCCGUGCUGCCAAAAUUGGAAUUGUAGAGGUUGAAGAAAUUGUUCCUGUUGGCCAAUUACAACCAGAUGAGAUUCAUCUUCCGGGAGUUUUUGUUAAACGAAUUGUUAAAGGAGAAAAAUAUGAAAAGAGAAUAGAGAGAGUUACUGUACAAAAGCCAAAAUCUAAAUCUGGUUUAGCUCAGACACCAGCUGCAGCUCUCCGAGAACGUAUUAUUCGGAGAGCAGCAUGUGAAUUUACUGAUGGAAUGUAUGCAAAUUUAGGAAUUGGUAUGCCAAUGCUGGCAGCUAAUAUGAUUCCUCCCGGUAUGCGUGUUACACUUCAAAGUGAAAAUGGUAUUCUUGGUCUUGGUCCCUUCCCUUCCAAAGACCAGGUGGAUCCAGAUUUGAUUAAUGCAGGGAAAGAAACAGUCACAGUUCUUCCAGGGGCAUCAUAUUUUAGCAGUGAUGAUAGUUUUGCCAUGAUCAGAGGAGGUCACAUUAGCUUGACGAUGCUAGGAGCAAUGCAAGUGUCACAAUAUGGUGAUCUUGCUAAUUGGAUGAUCCCUGGUAAGAUGGUGAAAGGUAUGGGAGGAGCCAUGGAUCUUGUUUCAGCCAGUGGAACUAAAGUGGUUGUCUGCAUGGAACAUACUAGCAAAUCUGGUGAACAUAAAAUUUUGCCUCAGUGUGAUCUUCCCUUAACCGGCCGAAAUUGUGUUGAUCUCAUCAUUACAGAAAAGGCUGUCUUCUCUGUGGACCGUGAAGCAGGACUUACAUUAAUUGAAGUAGCAGAGGGCGUCGAAGUACCAGAUAUUAUUGCCUCCACGGGUUGUGAUUUUGCUGUUGCUGAAGAACUGAAACCUAUGCAACAAGUAGAAGUUCCUGAAAAAGCCACUUAAAUUAGAAUUUUCUUGAUUUAAUUUUUGAUUUACUGACUUACUUUCCAAGGACAUUAGUAAUCUCACCUCAAAGAAUUGCAUAGAAUUACUUUUAUUAGGAUACUUCUUUUAAGUUCCCAGCUUACUGAUCAUGAGUCUGGCGUAAGCCUGGCAAUGUGUACUUUUUACUUCAGACUUACAUGACGUUUCACAGAGUACUAAACCAACCUGUAUGUGUACUUCUAAUUGGUAUCCAAAACUGUGAAACUGGCCUUUGCAGUUGUGGCUUUAAAGGUGUUGGAUAUUUUAUUUUUGCAGUGUGUAUAAACUUUUGCUGCCAGAUUACUGUACAGAUGUAAAUCAUAAUGAAUUUGUAUAUAUUUUUA